AAGUGUAAAUUCGGGUGGCCAGCGCUGUGGCCCGCGUCCCGGCUGUCCUUCGCGUAUUCAUCUGCUCCUCACCGCCAGCCCGUCAGGCUCCUCCGCCCCGUCCCCCGCGCCCGCAUCCAUGGUCUCUGCUCUCUGGAAGGCUUGUUCUGAGGGCAACCUCGAAAAUGUUAACGAGCUUCUCAAGGAGUCAUCGUCUGCGGAGAUUGAGACUCAAGAUCAAAACGGUGUGACGCCUCUCAUUGAAGCAGUCAAGAAUGGUCACGUCGAGGUUGUCAAAGCGCUCUUGGACAAAGGCGCGGACCCCACGAACGCUUCCGCCGAAGGCCUCCCAGAGUCGUACACGGACGCGACCAUCUUGGAGCUGCUUGAGGCUGCAAAGAACAAGGUAAAUGCCAACGGAGUCGCACCACAGCCAAACUACUCGCACGACCCCAACAUGGAUCCUAGCAAAGGCUACUACCCCCCUCCGCCCGGUGCCUACUACUACCCUGGCAUCCCCGUCGGCGCCCCCAUGAUGCCCGAUGGCUCCGUUGCCUACUACCCACCUCCGCCUGUGUCUUCGGACCAGAACCCAGGCGGUAUGGGCAACCUGCCUCCGCCCGAAGUGGCUCGCAUGAUACCUUGCCGGUAUUAUCCUGCGUGCCGCUACGGAUCUUCUUGCAUUUUUGCCCACCCGCAGGCUCCUUAUUUGCAGGGCCCGCUACCCCCUCCAGCGCAAUAUCCCGCUCCCUACGAUCCCAUGGCGCCUUCGCCGUACCCACCGCCAACGUAUUACGCGGUGCCACCACCCUCGUUCCCCACUUCGCCUAAUGGUGCACCAAUGAACGUAAUGUCUCCGCCACCAGGCGGCCACCCUGCUCCCCCGCCUAUGACCCACUCAAGGUCAGCUUCGGAGGUCAUGUCUCCGGUGCAGGCUCCCUUCAGCCCGAACGGUGUACCUCCACCGAUGCCCUACGGCGUGCCUCCCAUGUCGCCCACGUACGGUCAUCCCGGUCAGGUACCUAUUCCGAUCUCCAUUCCUCCUCUGCCGCCUCUCAACGGUGGCCCGCAGUCUCCCCAGCAGCCACACGGUAUGUACCCACCGAUGUCGCCGACAGGACAAGGCGCUGUACCGGCUUACCCCGCGUCUCGUGAAGCUGGACCAUAUGCGCCUCAGGCUCUUCCGCAGGCGGAUGGCUAUGGCCCUGGGCCUGGCCCCAUGCACAGGGAUGGCAUGUCCCACCAUCGUCGGGGAAGUGCACGUAGACCCUCUUUCGGCGGGCCAGGCAGGAAGCCUCCGUGUCUCUUCUUCCCUGUCGGAAGGUGCAGGAAUGGGGAUGAUUGUCGAUUCCCCCACAUCAUGCCGGAAAACCAACUUCCGUACCAUCCUGCGCACCAUCCCCCUCAUUUCGGAGGACGUGGCGGUCACCGUCCGCGUCCGUCUGCUCCCGUCAAUGGUUUCGGCUCGCUUGAAGACAAAUUCUCUGCGAUGACGGUUCAGGACCAGCAGGCUGAUGGUCAGCUGAAUCAUGCGCGAAGCAGCACGAAUGGAACGACGGCGACGGCGACUUCGAGCCGAUCGCAGUCCAGCGAUCCCGGCAGCAGGAGAGGUCCUCCGGGCUACCGCCCGAACCACGUCCCUAACGGUGUACGUCCGGAAAAGAGGUCUAUGCCGUCGAAGCCUCAGCGUGUGCCCAACGCCGACGAGUUCCCCGUCCUCACGAGCACUACCCCUCCUUUGCGCAGCCCCGCGUUGCAUGGACCGAAUGGCAAUGGGUGGGUUGGACCGACUGCUGCUCAGGUCCUCCAGGCGCCACCACCUCGCAAGGAGGGCCCGGCCUCUGCUCGUGGCACCACGCCUGAACAGGUUGCUACCCGCCCAAGCUCAAAGGACGGGAAGCCUGAAAUCAACGGUACCCAACCGGAGCUCCCUGUCAGCAAGCUACCUGUCUCGUUCGCUGCUGCCGCCACCGCCGCACCAGACGCUGCCAAAGAAGUCGCCGUCACGGCCUAAAACGGACAAUGCUUGUCCGGUGAUCACGCCUUCCGUGCCCUACGCCCUUCAUUCCCUCACGACUACUCAUAUGUUCCCCGCGCAUCCCGGGCUCUCUGCUGCUGUAUCCUGUAUCCUCUUUCGCGC